GUAACAGUUCCCCCACCCUCACCGUCCUGCCACCCUCUAGUGAGGAGCUGUCCAGUACAACAACAGCCACACUGAUGUGUCUGGCCAACAAGGGCUUCCCCUCAGACUGGACCAUGAGCUGGAAAGUGGACGGGACCAGCAAGAAGCAGGAGGCCAGUCCCGGGGUCCAGGAGAAGGACGGCCUGUACAGCUGGAGCAGCACACUGACUCUCACUGCCCAGGAGUGGACCAAGGCAGGAGAGGUGACCUGUGAAGCCCAGCAGAAAUCCCAGACUCCAGUCACAAAGACCCUGAGGAGGGCUGACUGUUCUGGGUAGGACCCCUCAGUCACACCUCUGUGGAGAACAAAGCAGAGGAACAAGGAUGCUUGUUCCUCUGCUUUGACUUGCUUUUUUCUAAAAUCAGUCGUUCUCUGAUUUAGUGAUCACUCUGGUGUGGACUAACAGGGGGCUAGGCUUGAGUUCAUGUGUCAAUCCAUUCUGUAGAUUGAGAUUUUGUUUUUUUUAGAUUUAAUGUGAUCUGCUUUUAUUCACUAUCAUGUUUGCUUUGAUGCUUCGAUUUUGUGAUAAUGGAUUUAAAUAAAGAUUUCUUUUUGGAAUGCAUAUUUUUGUUGUUUUUAUUAAUAAACUGGAUCAUAGAUACUGUAUAUUUGCAAUAUUCUGGAAAAAUAUGUAUUCAGUAAGGCUGAUUAAUGGUGUCUUUAAAAACUGUCAAGUCUAAAACUCACUCUAACAUCAUAAUUGACCAGUAUUUUAUACUAUCACAAUAUACUAUGAUAUAAUACAAGAGUUUCUGCCAUGGUAGUAGUUGACUGUCUUCAUUCAUAAGGAUACUGAGUCUGUGUCAGACAUGUUUGACUUGACAGACUUUACAGUAAUAAAAGAAGAACUAUCAAACAGUCAACCGAUAUCUUGGACUCUCACGUGUGUUAUAGGCUGUGAUUCGACGCUAAAUAUAUAUAUUUUUAAAUUACAAAUAUUACAAGUGGUACUACUUCAAGAUGUAGCAGUGUUUCCCAAACUCGGUCCUCGGGACCCCAAGGGGUGCACAUUUAGUUUUUUACCCUAACACUACACAGCUGUUUCAAAUUAUCAAAGCUCGAAUGAUUAGCUUAUAAUUUUUUAUCAGCUGUGUAAACCUAGAGCAAAAACCAAAACGUGCACCCCUUGGGGUCCAGAGGACCGAGUUUGGGAAACGCUGCUAUAUAGUGUAGUGACAGUCUUCUCUACCUCCAACCCCCUGGGAACAGAGUGAACAUCUGGUGACAGUGCUGCUCUAUUCUGGGACAAGCAGAACCACCCAGCCCUGUCUAUGCAAAUCUCAGUUUCACUCCCACAGAUACCAGUCUAGUAGUUGAACAGUUUCACUGCCUGUAAUACCCUGGACUGGGCCAGAUGUGAGGGAGUGGACUGGUCUUAACCUCUAUGGUGGAUUCAGGGAGGGACUCAUAACAGAUAUGCUACCAUGUAAUUAAUUACAGAUAAAAUGGAUAUUAUACUUUACAUAGAUAGUGUAUGUAGUGUACAUGUGUCUCAUGUUUGAAUCCAGCAUCAUGUCUCAUUCACAGAUCUAACAGUCAGUAACCUGCUCAUGAAAACAGUUAAUAUAACGGUAGAAGAUCACAAUUUAAAUCAGACAUUUGGUUGAGGUCCAUUUUGGGACUUGUUUUGGGGGGCAGAAGUGAUUGUAACUUGGAAGUAAUGUUGAGGUCAGAACACCUUUUGUUUUACAUCUGUAGAUCUUGCUUUAAAUAUUGACAGGUAAUGUGUUUCAAAACUUCAAAUAAAUGUUAUACACACUUAAAGGCCAUGACAAAUAUAAGAAGUUAAAACCAUGAUGAUGAUGUUAAUGAUGAUGAUGAUGGUCAUGUGAACUGAACGAUUGCUUUCUAACCAUAUUGUCACAUGUCACAGUUGACCUCAUCUAGUGUUCCAUGUCACUGUCUCUUCCCCCACAGCACCUGCAGUAGGUCCCAGCUGUAGCAGUACAGUCACUGUGCAGUCUGACUGAGGGAGGUUUUUGUAUGGCUCUAUAUCACUGUGUGAACACAUAUUUACUAUUAAUGUAGUGUUCACUCUGACAGUAGUAAUCUCCUGCAUCUUCAGCCUGGACUCAUUUUUAUUUACAUUUACAUCAUUUAGCAGACGCUCUUAUCCAGAGUGACUUACAAAUUGGUGCAUUCACCUUAUAGCCAGUGGGAUAACCACUUUACAAUAUGUUUUUUUUUAUUUCUUUGGGGUGGGGUAAGGGGGGGUAGAAGGAUUACUUUAUCCUAUCCCAGGUAUUCCUUAAAGAGGUGGGGUUUCAAGUGUCUCCGGAAGGUGGUGAGUGACUCCGCUGUCCUGGUGUCGUGAGGGAGCUUGUUCCACCAUUGGGGUGCCAGAGCAGCGAACAGUUUUGACUGGGCUGAGCGGGAACUGUGCUUCCGCAGAGGUAGGGGGGCCAGCAGGCCAGAGGUGGAUGAACGCAAUGCCCUCGUUUGGGUGUAGGGACUGAUCAGAGCCUGAAGGUACGGAGGUGCCGUUCCCCUCACAGCUCCAUAGGCAAGCACCAUGGUCUUGUAACAGAUGCGAGCUUCAACUGGAAGCCAGUGGAGUGCGCGGAGGAGCAGGGUGACGUGAGAGAACUUGGGAAGGUUGAACACCAGACGGGCUGCGGCAUUCUGGAUGAGUUGUAGGGGUUUAAUGGCACAGGCAGGGAGCCCAGCCAACAGCGAGUUGCAGUAAUCCAGACGGGAGAUGACAAGUGCCUGGAUUAGGACCUGUGCCGCUUCCUGUGUAAGGCAGGGUCGUACUCUCCGAAUGUUGUAGAGCAUGAACCUACAGGAUCGGCUCACCGCCUUGAUGUUAGUGGAGAACGACAGGGUGUUGCCAAGGCUCUUUGCACUCUGGGAGGAGGACACAACGGAGUUGUCAACCGUGAUGGUGAGAUCAUGGAACGGGCAGUCCUUCCCCGGGAGGAAGAGCAGCUCAGUCUUGCCGAGGUUCAGCUUGAGGUGGUGAUCCGUCAUCCACACUGAUAUGUCUGCCAGACAUGCAGAGAUGCGAUUCGCCACCUGGUUAUCAGAAGGGGGAAAGGAGAAGAUUAGUUGUGUGUCGUCUGCGUAGCAAUGAUAGGAGAGGCCAUGUGAGGACAUGACAGAGCCAAGUGACUUGGUGAUUAGCGAGAAUAGGAGAGGGCCUAGAACUGAGCCCUGGGGGACACCAGUGGUGAGAGCACGUGGUGCGGAGACAGAUUCUCGCCACCCCACUUGGUAGGAGCGACCUGUCAGGUAGGACGCAAUCCAAGAGUGAGCCAUCGCCGGAGAUGCCCAACUCGGAGAGGGUGGAGAGGAGGAUCUGAUGAUUCACAGUAUCAAAGGCAGCAGACAGGUCUAGAAGGACAAGAGCAGAGGAGAGAGAGUUAGCUUUAGCAGUGCGGAGAGCCUCCGUGACACAGAGAAGAGCAGUCUCAGUUGAAUGACCAGUCUUGAAACCUGACUGGUUUGGAUCAAGAAGGUCAUUCUGAGAGAGAUAGUAAGAGAGUUGGCUAAAGACGGCACGCUCAAGAGUUUUGGAGAUAAAAUAAAGAAGGGAUACUGGUCUGUAGUUGUUGACAUCGGAGUGAUCGAGUGUAGGUUUUUUGAGAAGGGGUGCAACUCUCGCUCUCUUGAAGACGGAAGGGACAUAGCCAGCGGUCAAGGAUGAGUUGAUGAGCGAGGUGAGGUAAGGGAGAAAGUUUCCGGAAAUGGUCUGGAGAAGAGAGGAGGGGAUAGGGUCAAGCGGGCAGGUAAUUCGGCGGCCGGCCGUCACAAGUCGCAAGAUUUCAUCUGGAGAGAGAGGGGAGAAAUAAGUCAAAGCAUAGGGUAGGGCAGUGUGAGCAGGACCAGCAGUGUCAUUUGACUUAACAAACGAGGAUCAGAUGUCGUCAACCUUCUUUUCAAAAUGGUUGACGAAGUCAUCCACAGAGAGGGAGGAGGGGGGGGGAUGGGGAGGAGGUUUCAGCAGGGAGGAGAAGGUGGCAAAGAGCUUCCUAGGGUUAGAGGCAGAUGCUUGGAAUUUAGAGUGGUAGAAAGUGGCUUUAGCAGCAGAAACAGAGGAAGAAAAUGUAGAGAGGAGGGAGUGAAAAGACGCCAGGUCCACAGGGAGUCUAGUUUUCCUCAAUUUCCGCUCGGCUGCCCGGAGCCCUGUUCUGUGAGCUCGUAAUGAGUCGUCAAGUCACGGAGCAGGAGGGGAGGACCGAGCCAGCCGGGAGGAUAGGGGACAUAGAGAGUCAAAGGAUGCAGAAAGGGAGGAGAGGAGGGUUGAGGAGGCAGAAUCAGGAGAUUGGAGGGAGAAGGAUUGAGCAGAGGGAAGAAAAUGAUGGUAGGAUGGAAGAGGAGAGAGUAGCGGGAGAGAGAGAACGAAGGUUGCAACGGCGCAUUACCAUCUGAGUAGGGGCAGAGUGAGUAGUGUUGGAGGAGAGCGAGAGAGAAAAGGAUACAAAGUAGUGGUCGGAGACAUGGAGGGGAGUUGCAGUGAGAUUAGUAGAAGAACAGCAUCUAGUAAAGAUGAGGUCAAGCGUAUUGCCUGCCUUGUGAGUAGGGGGGACGGUGAGAGGGUGAGGUCAAAAGAGGAGAGGAGUGGAAUGAAGGAGGCAGAGAGAAAUGAGUCAAAGGUAGAUGUAGGGAGGUUAAAGUCACCCAGAACUGUGAGGGGUGAGCCAUCCUCAGGAAAGGAACUUGUCAAGCUCAUUGAUGAACUCUCCAAGGGAACCUGGAGGGCGAUAAAUGAUAAGGAUGUUAAGCUUGAAUGGGCUAGUGACUGUGACAGCAUGGAAUUCAAAUGAGGAGAUAGACAGAUGGGUUAGGGGAAAAAUUGAGAAUGUCCACUUGGGAGAGAUGAGGAUUCCUGUGCCACCACCCCGCUGACCAGAUGCUCUCGGGUAUGCGAGAACACAUGGUCAGACGAGGAGAGAGCAUUAGGAGUAGCAGUGUUUUCAGUGGUAAUCCAUGUUUCCGUCAGCGCCAAGAAGUCGAGGGACUGGAGGGUAGCAUAGGCUGAGAUGAACUCUGCCUUGUUGGCCGCAGAACGGCAGUUCCAGAGGCUGCCGGAGACCUGGAACUCCACGUGGGUUGUGCGUGCAGGGACCACCAGGUUAGAGUGGUAGCAGCCACGCGGUGUGAGGCGUUUGUAUAGCCUGUGCGGAGAGGAGAGAACAUGGAUAAACAGACGCAUAGUUGACAGGCUACAUAAAAUGGCUACAAUAAUGCAAAGGAGAUCGGAAUGAAAUGAACUAAACAUCUGGGAAAGCGAGAGAGUGGGGCCUCCCUCACUUACGUUUCACUGAAACACCCAAAUAUAACUCUCCCAACUUCCACCUCAGAAACUAUAAUUGUUGUAAACUACAGCGGUUCAAUGUUUUCUAGGAAUAGACUAACUUAGUUUGGACUCCACUGAUGGUCAGAGUGAAGUUACUCCCAGAUCCACUGCCACUGAAUCUAGAUGGAGUCCCAGACUGAAUGGUUUUAGCCAAGUAUAUUAGGAGUUUAGGAGCUCCUCCAGGUUUCUGUUGGUACCAGGCCAACCACUGUCCAUUGCUGUCACAGUCAAAUAUUUUACCUUGAAUCCAGAGGGCAAAUAUCCAGAUAAAGAUGGUGAUAAAAGUAAUGGUUGUUGUGGAGUCUGUUGUCAUGAAGGACAGCUCUCAGUCAUGAAGUGUUAAACUCACAGGGAUAUCAACACUCCCAGACCACUGAAGCAUGUGCUGCCAAUGCAAAGUAUCCUCUCUAUGCAAAUGGGACUCCUGGAGCAAGGCAGAUAACGUAUGCCUCAUUUGGUAAUAUAUGGGAUACACACUGAGUGUCCAAGACAUUAGGAACGCCUUCCUAAUAUUGAGUUCCACCCCCAAUUUUGCCCUCAGAGCAGACUCAAUUUGUCGGGUCAUGGACUCUAUAAGGUGUCGAAAGUGUUCCUUCCACAGGGAUGCUGGCCCAUGUUGACUCCUAUGCUUCCCACAGCCAUGAAGGGAUGCACCUGAUUGGCAAUUUAAACGUUGCUCCACUUUUAUCAAGGGCCCAAUGUGUGCCAUGAAAACACGCCCCACACUACCACACCACCAACGUUGACACACAGCUUUUUGGAUGCAUGUACUCAUGUGGUUUUGUCCAUACCCUAGUCCUCCCAUCAGCGUGAAACAGCAGGAACAGGGAUUCAUCAGAUCAAGCAAUAUUUUUCCAAUUCUCCAGUGUCCAGUAUUUCCGUUCCAUAGCCCACUGCAAACUCAGUUUCUUGUUUUUUUGCUGAAAGAAGUGUAACUUUGUAAGGAUGUCGGCUGCCAUACCCCAUUCGUGUCAAGGUACGAUGAGUUGUGCAUUCUUUUAUGGGUCUUUGGUCACAAAUGUUGUACUAGUCUGUCAGUUGACUAACUGUAGCCCGUCUGUUGCUCUGCACAAUUCAUGUCAGGCUCCUUUGUCCUCUUCCAUCAAUUACCCGUUUUCGACCACUGGCCUGCCGUUGGCUGAAUGUCCUUUGGGUGGUGGACCAUUCUUGAUACACAUGGGAAACUGUUGACUGUGAAAAACCCAGCAGCGUUGCAGUUCUUGACACACAAACCGGUGCGCCUGGCACCUAGUACCAUACCCCGUUAAAAGGCACUUCAACAUCUACACUGAUUGAAGUGGAUUUAUCAAGUGACAUCAAUAAGCGAUCACAGCUUUCACCUGGAUUCAACUUGUCAGUAUGUCAUGGAAUGUUCCUAAUGUUUUGUGCACUCAGUGUAUAUCAUCCAUUGUGUGACUGUUUUCAUUUUGAGGUGUUGGUCGGUCAAAUAAUAAAGGGAACCUAUAAAACUCUAGACUGUAGUCCUCGACACCAACACUGGUCUAGUCCUCAACACUAUCAUUGGUCUAGUCCCGAACACUAUCACUGGUCUAGUCCCUAACACUAGCACUGGUCUAGUCCUCAACACUAUCACUGGUCUAGUCCUGAACACUAUCACUGGUCUAGUCCUCAACACUAUCACUGGUCUAGUCCUCAACACUAUCACUGGUCUAGUCCUGAACACUAUCACUGUUCUAGUCCCUAACACUAUCACUGGUCUAGUCAUGAACACUAUCACUGGUCUAGUCACUCAACACUAUACUGUUUCUAGUCCCUAAACACUUUCACUUGUUAGUCCGUGAACACUAUCACAAGGUUAUUGUCCUCAGACACACUGGUCUAGUCAUCAACACUAUCACUGUCAGUCCUGAACACAUCCCUUUGUAUAGUCAUGAUGAACAUAUCAUAUUGGUCUUAGUCUGAACACUAUACUGGUCUAGUCCUCAAUCACUAUACUGGUCUAUCCUCAGUACUAUCACUCUGGUAUAGCUCUACACUAUCACUGGUAUCCUCAAAACACGAUCACUGGUCUAAUCAUCGGUACUAUCACUGGUCUAGUCCUGAACAACUAGUCACUGGUCAGUCCUCAACAACUAUCAUUGGUCUAGUCCUCAGUACUAAUCACUGAUCUAGUUCUCAACACUAUCACUGGUCUAGUCCCUACAUAUACUAUUCAUGGGUAUAUCCGUCAGUACUAUCAUGGUCUUAGUUCCUCAGUAGCGAUCACUGGUCUAGUCCUCGUUAUCACUGAUCUAGUCCUCAACACUAUCACUGGUCUAGUCCUCAACACUAUCACUGGUCUAGUCCUCAACACUAUCACUGGUCUAGUCCUGAACACUAUCACUGGUCUAGUCCUCAGUACUAUCACUGGUCUAGUCCUGAACACUCUCUCUGGUCUAGUCCUCAGUACUAUCACUGGUCUAGUCCUCAACACUAUCACUGGUCUAGUCCCUAACACUAUCGCUGGUCUAGUCCUCAACACUAUCACUGGUCUAGUCCUCCUCCACAGCACCUGCAGCUAAGACUGUCUGAGAGUGGUCUGAGUGGGAGAGGGGAAAAAGGAAAAAUAGCUGUUAUUGGCAGAGAGAUUUGGAACUCUCUUUGUUAUUGGUCUAUUAACUAAUUUGCUACAUGGUAAUGUCACCAUGGAAAGCCGAACCUCCCUCAAAUGCAAACGUGCUAAUUAGAAGGUCCUAUGUACAGUACAUCAUAUUUUCAACUAGGAACAAUCAUGAAAUAACACUGAUCCAUUUUUUUCAUACUUUUACAGUGUUAGUUUCAUCAGCUGUUGUACAAUAUUAUAUAAAACACAAGAAAAACUGAAUUUUGACUGCACAGAGCCUUUAAUGGAUUACUGGUGGUUUUACAGCAGUGGAGAGUAACUGCAGUAUGUGACCUGAAAGGACAGCUUUCACUGCAGGAUCUGAGUCAUAGUGAUCUGCCCUCGGGAUACUGAGAAAAUAAUAACACAUUGUCAAGAUCAGAUUCCAUUUAAGAUCAGUUUUCUUUAACAUAAUAUGCUUUAGAAUUCAACAGCAACUUCAACUUGAAAGCAAAUGACAAGCAUCAAGAUGAAGGGGUCUAUUCAAUCCGUAUUGCUGAAGUUCAGCGUUAAGCGUGAUUGGAAUUUAAAGGCAAUGUUCCUGUGUUAGCGGAGACUGCAUUCACGGUAAACGCUGCAUAUGGGGUGGCAGGUAGCCUAGCGGUUAAGAGGUCGCUAGUUCGAAUCCCUGAGCCUACUAGGUGAAAAGUCUGUCGAUGUGCCCUUUAGUAAGGCCCUUAUUGCUCCUGUAAGUCCCUCUGGAUAAGAACAUCUGCUAAGUGAAGUAAAUGUAAUAUGUCAGCUCAAUCAAAAAUUAUCUUGACAUUUCUAUCCGGCAAUCUGUAACACUUCAACGAUACAGCUUUUAUUUCAGAUGAAGGGCUCUAUUCAAUCCGUAUUGCUGAAGUUCAGCGCUAAAGCCCAAUUGAAAUGUAAAGGCUUCAGCGAUACAGAUUGAAUACAGCCCUAACUGUCACUUCACUCAUGCUUGGACUCUUAUGAAAGUUUCUCAAAUCAGUUACUGAACAUUUCUCUAACAUUUUAGGGUUUGUUAUAUACCUUUCUAUUUUAUAAUAAAACUAUAAUGUUUUUCAUUUAAUCAAAAAACGAUUUCAAAUGAAGAAUAUAACAUUAUAUUAGGCCAGUAUUCCUAUGUGCUCAUGAUUUAAACCACAGUCUAAAAAAAUUAAGUAUUCAGCUUGCCCAAUGGUCAGGAGGUUUUUGUACCAGCAGUUAUAGGGAUUGUAUCACUGUGGUACACUUUUGGCAGAGGCACCAGACUUGAUGUUGGAAGUAAGUUUCUUGAUGUUUGUCUGAUUCCAUUAAUUUUCUUAAACUCUUUAAUCUCUAUUAAAACAUUUAGAUUUGAGAUAAUUUACUUUCCAAAAAUAUUGUUAUAUAUUGAUUUUGAAAGAGCCUUCUUUCAACAGUUUAUUUAAUCAAAAUGUUAAAUUGCGGGAAUUUUUUUGUAUGUUUUAUUUGUAUGAUUGCAGACUAUAUAACUCUUAUUCUGGUAUGAUAACUAUAAUAUUUGUUAUUGUAGUCAUCAGUGCAUUGUGUUCAUGAUAGCCACAAAGGGUCUCUGUUAUGUUUGUAUCCAACCUCUUGGAUUCUGCAAAAUACUACAAAUAUGAGUAUUCUGAUGAGAAACGAUCCUAAAAAAAUAUAUGUAUGACAAAGUAAUGCUAAAGUUAAACACGUCAUACUUGUAUGCUUUCUGCUUGUAUACUUUAUACUUUAAUCUGCUUUCAUAUCACACUAAUGUUUGUGUUUUCUUCACGUCUUUUAGCAAUCUAAUCUAAGUUUUAGAAGUAAUUUCCAAAGUACUUUGUUUUGAUGUAGUUGAUAUAUUCUGUUUGUUCCAGGUAACAGUUCCCCAACCCGUCCUGCCCCCCUCUAGUGAGGAGCUGUCCAGUAAGUCAACAGCCACGCUGAUGUGUCUGGCCAACAAGGGCUUCCCCUCAGACUGGACCAUGAGCUGGAAAGUGGACGGGACCAGCAAGAAGCAGGAGGUCAGUCCCGGGGUCCUGGAGAAGGACGGCCUGUACAGCUGGAGCAGCACACUGACUCUCACUGCCCAGGAGUGGACCAAGGCAGGAGAGGUGACCUGUGAAGCCCAGCAGAAAUCCCAGACUCCAGUCACCAAGACCCUGAGGAGGGCUGACUGUUCUGGGUAGGACCCCUCAGUCACACACCCCUGUGGAGAGAGGAUGCUGGUUCCUCUGCUUUGACUAGCUUUGCUCUAAAAUCAGUAAUUCUCUGAUUUAGAGAUCACUCUGGUGUGGACUAACAGGGGGCUUGGCUUGAGUUCAUGUGUCAAUCCAUUCUGUAGAUUGAGAUUGUGUUCGUUUUAGAUUUGAUGUGAUCUGCUUUUAUUCACUAUCAUGUUUGCUUUGAUGCUUCGAUUGUGUGAUAAUGGAUUAAAAUAAAUAUUUCUUUUUGAAAUGCAUAUUUUUGUUGUUUCUAUUAAUAAACAGUAUCAUAGAUACUGUAUAUUUGUAAUAUUCUGGAAAAAUAUGUAUUCAGUAAGGCUGAUUAAUGGUGUCUUUAAAAACUGUCAAGUCUAAAACUCACUCUAACAUCAUAAUGGACCAGUAUUUAAUACUAUCACAAUAUAUUAUGAUAUAAUAGAAGAGGUUCUGCCAUGGUAGUAGUUCACUGUCUUCAUUCAUCAGGAUACUGAGUCUGUGUCAGACCUGUUUGACUUGACAGACUUUACAGUAAUAAAAUAAUAACUAUCAAACAGUCAACCGAUAUCUUGGACUCUCACGUGUGUUGUAGGCUGUGAUUCGACGCUAAAUAUAUAUAUAUUUUUAAAUUACAAAUAUUACAAGUGGUACUACUUCAAGAUGUAGCAGUGUUUCCCAAACUCGGUCCUCGGGACCCCAAGGGGUGCACAUUUAGUUUUUUACCCUAACACUACACAGCUGAUUCAAAUUAUCAAAGCUCGAAUGAUUAGCUUAUAAUUUUUUAUCAGCUGUGUAAACCUAGGGCAAAAACCAAAACGUGCACCCCUUGGGGUCCAGAGGACCGAGUUUUGGAAACGCUGCUAUAUAGUGUAGUGACAGUCUUCUCUACCUCCAACCCCCUGGGAACAGAGUGAACAUCUGGUGACAGUGCUGCUCUAUUCUGGGACAAGCAGAACCACCCACACUCCCUCACAUCUUGCCCUGUCUAUGCAAAUCUCAGUUUCACUCCCACAGAUACCAGUCUAGUAGUUGAACAGUUUCACUGCCUGUAAUAUCCUGGACUGGGCCAGAUGUGAGGGAGUGGACUGGUCUUAACCUCUAUGGUGGAUUCAGGGAGGGACUCAUAACAGAUAUGCCACCAUGUAAUUAAUUACAGAUAAAAUGGAUAUUAUACUUUACAUAGAUAGUGUAUGUAGUGUACAUGUGUCUCAUGUUUGAAUCCAGCAUCAUGUCUCAUUCACAGAUCUAACAGUCAGUAACCUGCUCAUGAAAACAGUUAAUAUAACGGUAGAAGAUCACAAUUUAAAUCAGACAUUUGGUUGAGGUCCAUUUUGGGACUUGUUUUGGGGGGCUGAAGUGAUUGUAACUUUGAAGUAAUGUUGAGGUCAGAAUACCUUUUGUUUUACAUCUGUAGAUCUUGCUUUACAUAUUGACAGGUAAUGUGUUUCAAAACUUCAAAUAAAUGUUAUACACACUUAAAGGCCAUGACAAAUAUAACAAGUUAAAACCAUGAUGAUGAUGUUAAUGAUGAUGAUGAUGGUCAUGUGAACUGAACGAUUGCUUUCUAACCAUAUUGUCACAUGUCACAGUUGACCUCAUCUAGUGUUCCAUGUCACUGUCUCCUCCCCUCAGCACCUGCAGUAGGUCCCAGCUGUAGCAGUACAGUCACUGUGCAGUCUGACUGAGGGAGGUUUUUGUACAGCUCUGUAUCACUGUGUGAACACCCAGACACUAUUGGGAUAGUGUAAACUCUGACAGUAGUAAUCUCCUGCAUCUUCAGCCUGGACUCCACUGAUGGUCAGAGUGAAGUCACUCCCAGAUCCACUGCCACUGAAUCUAGAUGGAGUCCCAGACUGAAUGGUUUUAGCCAAGUAUAUUAGGAGUUUAGGAGCUCCUCCAGGUUUCUGUUGGUACCAGGCCAACGACUGUCCAUUGCUGUCACUGAAUACAGCACUGCUGGUCUUACAGCUCAGACUGACUGAGUGACCCACUGAAACAGUUUUCACUGCAGGAGUCUGAGUCACAGUGACCUGGCCUCUGGAUUCUGAAACAGAGAUUGCAUGUAGAAUUAGCAUUCAAUUGUUUAUUAAUUUGUCCAUAUAGCAUAUUCACUAAAACUGUAAUGAGGUUAUAUAUUUAUUGCUAUGAUCCGGGUCAUUUUCUGUCAAAUAUUUUACCUUGAAUCCAGAGGGCAAAUAUCCAGAUAAAGAUGGUGAUAAAAGUCAUGGUUGUUGUGGGUUCUGUUUUCAUGAAGGACAGCUCUCAGUCAUGAAGUGUAAACUCAUAGGGAUAUAAACACUCCCAGACCUCUGAAGCAUGUGCUGUCUAUGCAAAGUGUCCUCUCUAUGCAAAUGGGCCUCCUGGAGCAAGGCAGAUAACGUAUGCCUCAUUUGGUAAUGUAUGGGAUAUACACUGAGUGUCCAAGAUAUUAGGAACGCAUUCCAAAUAUUUAGUUCCACCCACUUUUGCCCUCAGAGCAGACUCAAUUUGUCGGGUCAUGGACUCUAUAAGGUGUCGAAAGUGUUCCUUCCACAGGGAUGCUGGCCCAUGUUGACUCCAAUGCUUCCCACAGUUGUGUCAAGUUGGCUGGUGGUGGAUCUCUACUCUGAAUUGCUCGUUCCAUCUCAUCCCACAGAUGCUCAUUUUAUUGAGAUCUGGUGACUGGGCAGGCCACUGCGGUAAGCUGAAUUCAAUGUCAUGUUCGUGGAACUAUUCCUGGACAAUCCUAGCCUUGUGGCAUGGGGCAUUAUACUGAUGAAAAAAUCAAUUUGCAGAUAGAUACACUUCUGCCAUGAAGGGAUGCACCUGAUUGGCAAUUUAAACGUUGCUCCACUUUUAUCAAGGGGACCAAUGUGUGCUAUGAAAAACACACCCCACACCAUCACACCACCAACGUUGACACACAGCUUUUUGGAUGCAUGUACUCAUGUGGUUUUCUCCAUACCCUAGUCCUCCCAUCAGCGUGAAACAGCAGGAACAGGGAUUCAUUAGAUCAAGCAAUAUUUUUCCAAUUCUCCAGUGUCCAGUAUUUCCAUUCCAUAGCCCACUGCAAACUCAGUUUCUUGUUUUUUGCUGAAAGAAGUGUAACUUUGUAAGGAUGUCGGCUGCCAUACCCCAUUCGUGUCAAGGUACGAUGAGUUGUGCAUUCUUUUAUGGGUCUUUGGUCACAAAUGUUGUACUAGUCUGUCAGUUGACUAACUGUAGCCCGUCUGUUGCUCUGCACAAUUCAUGUCAGCCUCCUUUGUCCUCUUUCAUCAAUACCCGUUUUCGACCACUGGCCUGCCGUUGGCUGAAUGUCCUUUGGGUGGUGGACCAUUCUUGAUACACAUGGGAAACUGUUGACUGUGAAAAACCCAGCAGCGUUGCAGUUCUUGACACACAAACCGGUGCGCCUGGCACCUACUACCAUACCCCGUUAAAAGGCACUUCAAUAUUUUGUUUUGCCCAUUCACUCUCUGAAUGGCACACAUACACAAUCCAUGUCUUAAUUGUCUCAAGGCUUAAAAAUCAUUCUAUAACCUGUCUCCUCCCCUUCAUCUACACUGAUUGAAGUGGAUUUAUCAAGUGACAUCAAUAAGCGAUCACAGCUUUCACCUGGAUUCACCUGUCAGUCUGUCAUGGAAUGUUCCUAAUGUUUUUGUGCACUCAGUGUAUAUCAUCCAUUGUGUGACUGUUUUCAUUUUGAGGGUGUUGUCGGUCAAAUAAUAGAGGGAACCUAUGAUACUCUAGACUGUAGUCCUCAACACCAACACUGGUCUAGUCCUCAACACUAUCACUGUCUAGUCCUCAACAACUAUCACUGUUCUAGUCCCUAACACUAUCACUGGUCUAGUCCUGAACACUAUCACUGGUCUAGUCCUGAACACUAUCACUGUUCUAGUCCCUAACACUAUCACUGGUCUACUCCUGAACACUAUCACUGUUCUUGUCCUGAACACUAUCACUGUUCUAGUCCUUAACACUAUCACUGGUCUAGUCCUGAACACUAUCACUGGUCUAGUUCCGAACAACUACAUGUUCUAGUCCUGAACACUAUCACUGGUCUCGUCCUCAACGAACACUAUCACUGGUCUAGUCCUCAACACUAUCACUGGUCUAGUCCUCAGUACUAUCACUGAUCUAGUCCUCAACACUAUCACUGGUCUAGUCCCUAACACUAUCACUGGUCUAGUCCUCAGUACUAUCACUGGUCUAGUCCUCAGUACUAUCACUGAUCUAGUCCUCAGUACUAUCACUGGUCUAGUCCUCAACACUAUCACUGGUCUAGUCCUCAACCACUAUCACUGGUCUAGUCCUCAAACACUAUCACUGGUCUAGUCCUGAACACUAUCACUGGUCUAGUCCUCAGUACUAUCACUGGUCUAGUCCUCAACACUAUCACUGGUCUAGUCCCUAACACUAUCGCUGGUCUACUCCUCAACACUAUCACUGGUCUAGUCCUGAACACUAUCACUGGUCUAGUCCCUAACACUAUCACUUGUCUAGUCCUGAACACUAUCACUGUACUAGUCCCUAACACUAUCACUGGUCUACUCCUGAACACUAUCACUGUUCUAGUCCUGAACACUAUCCUGGUCUAGUUCCCAACACAUCACUGUUUAUUUCCCGAACAUAUCAUGGGGCUGUCCUAACCUUUAUGGUUUGCCUCACCACACUGGUCAUCCUCAGUACUAUCACUGGUCUAGUCCUGAACAUCACGGGUCUAGUCAUCAACACUAUCACUGGUCAGUCCUCAGUACUAUCACUGGUCAGUCCUCAGUACUAUCACUGGUCUAGUCCUCAACACUAUCACCGGUCUAGUCCUCCCCCUCAGCACCUGCAUCUAAGACUGUCUGAGAGUGGUCUGAGUGGGGAGGGGAAAACGAAAAACUAGCUGUUAUUGGCAGAGAGAUUUGGAACUCUCUUUGUUAUUGGUCUAUUAACUAAUUUCUAUUAACAUUUUAAUGUCACCAUGGAAAGCCGAUCCUCCCUCAAAUGCAAACCUGCUAAUUAGAAGGUCCUAUGUGCAGUACAUCAUAUUUUCAACUAGGAACAAUCAUGAAAUAACACUGAUGUCAUAGUUGAGUGUAGAAGUGGUGUGGAAUCAAGCGCAGGACACACAGAGGCUUGGUACUGACGUCUUUAGUGAAGACAAAAAAAGAACAAGCCAAACACGGCUACAUUCAACCUGGCAGGCAAGCGAACUUUACGCACACCGGUAAAGUACAUACAAAGGCACAAAAGUGCAGAGCUCUCUACUAAACCGAACAGAGAGAAAAAAACGAACUAGCAUCCCACAGUGACAACGAACAAUUACACACAACACAUGACAAAACUCAGGAGAACUUAUAGGACGCAUAAUUAACACUAACAAGGAACAGGUGUAACAAAACAGACAAAACCAAUCAAACAUCGAAACAUAGAACGGUGGCAGCUAGUACUCCGGAGACGACGACCGCCGAAGCCUGCCCGAACAAGGAGAAGGAGCAGCCUCGGCCGAAACCGUGACAGUACCCCCCCCUUGACGCGCGGCUCCAGCCGUGCGCCGACCCCAGCCUCGAGGAAGACCAGAAAGACGCGGAGCAGGGCGCGUGGGAUGACCACGAUGGAAAUCGGUCAGAAGAGACGGGUCUAGGAUGUCCCUCCUCAGCACCCAGCACCGCUCCUCCGGGCCGUACCCCUCCCACUCCACGAGAUAUUGGAGACCCCCCAUCCGGCGUCUCGAAUCUAGGAUGGACCGAACAGUGUACGCUGGAGCCCCCUCGAUGUCCAGCGGGGGCGGAGGAGUCUCUUCUAUCUCAUAGUCCUGGAGUGGACCAGCUACCACCGGCCUGAGGAGAGACACAUGGAACGAGGGGUUAAUAUUCUUGUAAUCAAUUGGCAGUUGUAACCUGUAACACACCUCGUUCAAUCUCCUCAGGACUUUAAAAGGCCCCACAAACCGCCAACCCAGCUUCCGGCAGGGCAGGCGGAGGGGCAGGUUUCUGGUCGAGAGCCAGACUCGAUCUCCAGGUGCGUACACUGGCCCCUCACUGCGGUGGAGAUCGGCGCUCGUCUUAUGUCGACGGAUGGCUCGCUGCAGAUGGAUAUGUGCAGUGUUCCACGUCUCCUCCGAGCGCCGCACCCACUCAUCCACCGCAGGGGCCUCGAUCUGGCGCUGAUGCCAAGGUGCCAGAGCCGGCUGGUACCCUAACACACACUGGAAAGGAGUUAGUUUAGUGGAGGAGUGGCGGAGAGAGUUCUGUGCCAUCUCGGCCCAGGGAACAUACCUCGCCCACUCCUCCGGCCGGCCCUGGCAAUACGACCUCAGAAACCUACCCACAUCCUGGUUGACACGUUCGACCUGCCCAUUACUCUCCGGGUGGUAACCUGAGGUAAGGCUCGCCGAAACCCCCAAACGCUCCAUAAACACUCUCCAGACUCUGGAGGUAAACUGGGGGCCUCGAUCAGACACUAUAUCCUCGGGUACCCCGUAAUGCCGGAAGACGUGGGUGAAUAGAGCCUCAGCGGUCUGUAGGGCAGUAGGAAGACCCGGCAUGGGAAGGAGACGACAGGCCUUCGAGAACCGAUUCACAACGACCAGGAUGGUGGUAUUCCCCUGUGAGGGGGGAAGGUCUGUAACAAAAUCCACCGAGAGGUGAGACCAGGGUCGUUGUGGAACGGACAGGGGUUGUAACUUACCCCUGGGCAAGUGUCUGGGCGCCUUACACUGGGCACACACCGAGCAGGAGGAGACAUAAAUCCUCACAUCCCUGGCUAACGUUGGCCACCAGUACUUUGUGCUAAGGCAGUGCACUGUCCGGCCAAUACCUGGAUGUCCAGAGGAGGGUGACGUGUGAGCCCAAUAAAUGAGUCGAUCCCGGACCUCGAACGGGACGUACGUCCGACCCACCGGACACUGUGGAGGGCUAGGGUCAGUGCGUAACGCCCGCUCGAUCUCCGUAUCGACCUCCCACCGAGGUCGCCCCUACGGAAGCACCCAGACAUAGCCCCACACACUGGGCAGACCACCCCUUAAGAGCCUUCUCUCGCCACGAAAUGGUAGGAUCGUGAGUAAUCAACCAGGGAAGCCCCAGCACCACCGAAUACGCAGGAGAUUCAAUCAGGAAUAGCUGGAUCGUCUACUCAUGAACCCCCUGCGUCUCCAUCCUAAGUGGCACUGUGACCUCCCUGAUCAACCCGGAUCCUAACGGACGGCUAUCUAGGGCAUGUACAGGGAAGGGAUUAUUAACCGGUAGGAGAGGGAUCCCUAACUCUAUACAAAAUGUACGAUCUACAAAAUUCCCAGCUGCGCCUGAAUCUACUAGCGCCUUAUGCUGGGAACGAGGUGCAACCUGUGGAAAACAAACAGGUAUGGUUAUGUGCACGACAGAAAGCUCUGGGUAAGUGGGGCGCCUACUCACCUGGGAGGACUCCCCAAUGUGUGGCCUGCUGUCUCGUCCUCCAGGAGACCCUCCCCAGCACCUAGCCGCGGUGUGCCCUCCACGGCCACAGUUGGUGCAGGGGAGGGCCCCCCUCGGGCUCCUUCUCCUCCGUUCUCUAGCGCCAGCACCCUCGAGCUCCAUAGGACUCGGCUCGGAGGUGCUGGAGGGUGGAAUGGGCGACCCCCACCCAGGACGUCCGCGGGUGGUGAGCAGGGUGUCUAGCCGAAUGGCCAUGUCAACCAAUUGGUCAAACGAAAGAGUGGUGUCCCUGCACGCCAACUCUCUACGGACGUCCUCCCUGAGGCUGCAGCGGAAGUGAUCUAUGAGGGCCCGCUCAUUCCACCCUGCAUCUGCCGCUAGCGUCCGGAACUCCAGUGCAAACUCUUGAGCGCUCCUCAUCCCCUGCCGGAGGUAGAAUAGACGCUCCCCCGCCGCCUUCCCCUCAGGUGGAUGGUCGAACACUGCCCGGAAGCGGCGGGAGAACUCCGCAUAGGUGAUCGUUGCGGCGUCUAUCCUCCUCCAUUCGGCAUUGGCCCACUCCAACGCCUUGCCGGUGAGACAGGAGAUGAGGGCGGAAACGCUCUCGUGUCCUGAGGGCACCGGGUGUACGGUGGCGAGGUAGAGUUCGAUUUGCAACAGGAAACCCUGACACCCGGCCGCGGUGCCGUCGUACGCCCUCGGGAGCGAGAGCCGAAUCCCACUGGGUUCCGGAAGUUGGACAGGUGGACUGACCGAUGGUGAUGGUGUGGUAGGUGGGGGCGUGGGUACCCCGCUGGCCUCCCAUCGAUGAUGGAGGGUGUUCAUCACCCUAUCCAGAGCGUGCCCGAUCUGGUUGAUCCUGUCCUCCUGUCCACGAAGGCGCUCCUCAAUAAUCUCGGUAGGUGCGGCUGCUCCUGCUGAUUCCAUCAUAUUGGUGUGUAAUUCUGUCACAGUUGAGUGUAGAAGUGGUGUGGAAUCAAGCGCAGGACACACAGAGGCUUGGUACUGACGUCUUUAGUGAAGACAAAAAAGAACAAGCAAAACACGGCUAGAUACAACCUGGCAGGCAAGCAAACUUUACGCACACCGGUAAAGUACAUACAAAGGCACAAAAGUGCAGAGCUCUCUACUAAACCAAACAGAGAGAAGAAAACGAACUAGCAUCCCACAGUGACAACGAACAAUUACACACAACACAUGACAAAACUCAGGAGAACUUAUAGGACGCAUAAUAAACACUAACAAGGAACAGGUGUAACAAAACAGACAAAACCAAUCAAACAUCGAAACAUAGAACGGUGGCAGCUAGUACUCCGGAGACGACGACCGCCGAAGCCUUCCCGAACAAGGAGAAGGAGCAGCCUCGGCCGAAACCGUGACAACUGAUCCAUUUUUUUCACACUUUUACAGUGUUAGUUUCAUCAGCUGUUGUACAAUAUUAUAUAAAACACAAGAAAUACUGAAUUUUGACUGCACAGAGCCUUUAAUGGAUCACUGCUGGUUUUACAGCAGUGGAGAGUAACUGCAGUAUGUGACCUGAAAGGACAGCUUUCACUGCAGGAUCUGAGUCACAGUGAUCUGCCCUCGGGAUACUGAGAAAUGAAUAACACAUUGUCAAGAUCAGAUUCCAUUUAAGAUCAGUUUUCUAGAACAUAAUAUGCUUUAGAAUUCAACAGCAACUUUAACUUGAAAGCAAAUGACAAGCAUCAAGAUGAAGGGGUCUAUUCAAUCCGUAUUGCUGAAGUUCAGCGUUACAGCGUGAUUGGAAUUUAAAGGCAAUGUUCCUGUGUUAGCGGAGACUGCAUUCACAGUAAACGAUGCAUAUGGGGUGGCAGGUAGCCUAGCGGUUAAGAGGUCGCUAGUUCGAAUCCCUGAGCCGACUAGGUCAAAAAUCUGUCGAUGUGCCCUUUAGUAAGGCCCUUAUUGCUCCUGUAAGUCCCUCUGGAUAAGAGCAUCUGCUAAGUGAAGUAAAUGUAAUAUGUCAGCUCAAUCAAAAAUUAUCUUGACAUUUCUAUCCGGCAAUCUGUAACACUUCAACGAUACACCUUUUAUUUCAGAUGAAGGGCUCUAUUCAAUCCGUAUUGCUGAAGUUCAGCGCUAAAGCCCAAUUGAAAUUUAAAGGCUUCAGCGAUACAGAUUGAAUACAGCCCUAACUGUCACUUCACUCAUGCUUGGACUCUUAUGAAAGCUUCUCAAAUCAGUUACUGAACAUUUCUCUAAAAUGUUUGGGUUUGUUUUUUACCUUUCUAUUUUAUAAUAAAACUAUAAUGUUUUUCAUUUAAUCAAAAAACUAUUUCAAAUGAAGAAUAUAACAUUAUAUUUGGCCAGUAUUCAUAUGUGCUCAUGGUUUAUACCACAGUCUAAAACAUUUUAUUAUUCAGCUUGCCCAAUGGUCAGGAGGUUUUUGUACCAGCAGUUAUAGGGGUUGUAUCACUGUGGUACACUUUUGGUAGCGGCACCAGACUAGAUGUUGGAAGUAAGUUUCUUGAUGUUUGUCUGAUUCCAUUUUAUUCUUAAACUCUUUAAUAUCUAUUAAAACAUUUAGAUUUGAGAUACUUUACUUUCCAAAAAUAUUGUUAUAUAUUGAUUUUGAAAGAGCCUUCUUUAACAGUUUAUUUAAUCAAAAUGUUAAAUUGCGGGCAUUUUUUUGUACGUUUUAUUUGUGUGAUUGCAGACUAUAUAACUCUUAUUCUGGUAUGAUAACUAUAAUAUUUGUUAUUGUAGUCAUCAGUGCAUUGUGUUCAUGAUAGCCAGAAAGGGUCUCUGUUAUUUGUAUCCAACCUCUUGGAUUCUGCAAAAUACUACAAAUAUGAGUAUUCUGAUGAGAAACUAUCCUAAUUUUUUUUUAAGUAUGACAAAGUAAUGCUAAAGUUACACACGUCAUACUUGUAUGCUUUCUGCUUGUAUACUUUAUACUUGUAAUCUGCUUUCCUAUCAUACUAAUGUUUGUGUUUUCUUCACGUCUUUUAGCAAUCUAAUCUAAGUUUUAGAAGUCAUUUCCAAAGUACUUUGUUUUGAUGUAGUUGAUGUGUUGUGUUUCUUCAAGGUAACAGUUCCCAAACCCGUCCAGCCAGCCUCUAGUGAGGAGCUGUCCAGUAAGUCAAUAGCCACGCUGAUGUGUCUAGCCAACAAGGGCUUCCCCUCAGACUGGACCAUGAGCUGGAAAGUGGACGGGACCAGCAAGAAGCAGGAGGCCAGUCCCGGGUUCCUGGAGAAGGACGGCCUGUACAGCUGGAGCAGCACCCUGACUCUCACUGCCCAGGAGUGGACGAAGGCAGGAGAGGUGACCUGUGAAUUCCAGCAGAAAUCCCAGACUCCAGUCACAAAGACCCUGAGGAGGGCUGACUGUUCUGGG